AACCCCACCACCUUAGAGGAAUGCAUACCACUGCCCCUAAAUGAACCGGAAUUAAUAGAAGUCACGGAAAAGGCCAAAGAUUGGGCGAUUAUGCAUGGUGCUGCAAUGAGAUCGAAAACUAAUUUUAGUCCUGAUUCAUUAAAUUUCGCACCAUUCUUACUGACACCAUCAUCAUUUCCCCGUAAAGAAUUCGAAAAGGCUGUGGCUUUACAAACCAUCAUCAAUCGUCUGAUGCACAAUGUGGCACACGAUGAAGAAUUUCUCACCACCACUUUGGCUGAGACAAUUAAAGUCGAUGAAUUUACGGCGAAUUUAUUUAAUAUCUAUAAAAAAGUAUUGGCAAGUGGUUUUGGCCAGCGCAUAUCGUUGGGUAUUUUACGAAGUGAUUUGAUGUUGGAAACAAGAUGUAAAGAUCUAUUAGAUGAUAAAAGUGGAAGCAAUAACGAAGCGAAUGAAUUGAAACCCUGUGCCUACUGUUGCUGGAAACAAGUUGAAAUUAAUACAAUCGCAUCUGGUUUUGGUCAUUUAGGACCGGCCAGUAAAGCCAUACAAAGCUUUGUCCUGACUGAACUGGAUCAAGCUGAAAAAUUGAAAAAUAUGCCCGAUAACCAAGCCUUGGCUGGCAUUUGUGGCGGUAUGGUUCGUGCCUGGGAAAUCUAUAAUAAUCCCAAGGCUGUAAUUAUGUUCAUUGUUGAGGAUAUCACAUAUAAUAUUUGUGAUCAGCGCUUCCAUGAAUUCUAUAUUCGUGAAAAAUAUCCACACAUUAAAGUUAUACGUAGAACCCUGACUGAGGUGCAUGAUACUGGCAAACUUGGUCUUGGCAAAGAAUUAAUUAUAGGAGACCUUGAAGUAGCUGUAAUAUAUUUCCGGGCCGGCUAUGAACCUGGUCAUUAUCAUUCACACAAUGAAUGGGAUGCCCGAUACUUAAUGGAAAGUUCCACGGCCAUAAAAUGCCCCUCUAUACACUAUCAUUUGGCUGGUACCAAAAAAGUUCAGCAAGCCUUGGCUCAACCGGAAAUGUUGGAACGGUUUAUAAGUGAUCCCGAGGAAAUUAAAGCAAUUGGUAAAAUCUUUACGGGACUCUAUUCCCUGGAUGAUAAUGAUGUGGGUAAUAAAACCUAUGAAAUGGCUUUAAAGGAACCGGAACGUUUUGUUUUAAAGCCACAGCGGGAAGGUGGCGGCAAUAAUGUCUAUGGCUUGGAUAUACCAGAUGCAUUGAGGAAAAUGUCACGCGUUGAACGUUCGGCCUGGAUUUUAAUGGACCUCAUUAAGCCACCCAUAUCCAAGGGUUAUAUGAUACGUCCCGGUGGUUCGAUGCCACCACCUUUAGUGGAGGUGGUUUCGGAACUGGGUAUUUUUGGUGUGGUCAUUGGUGAUGUGGAUAACAUCAUUUGCAAUUAUCAAGCUGGCCAUAUGUUGCGCACCAAAGUUGCCACUGCCAAUGAAGGCGGUGUUGCCGCUGGAUUGGGUGCUCUGGACAGUCCAUAUUUGGUUGAUUAAUUUUUAUUCCA